AUGGAAGUACAAGGUACUGUGAUAGGGGAAAUUCCAAGGCCAACUAAUUGUCCUUCGGCAAAGGAGAAAUUGGCAUCUUGGAAUAACCUUAUCAAUGAUUCGGUAGAGGGUAAUAGUCCAUCCUGGGCAGCAGAGGUCGAGAAUGCAGAAGCAACAUCUGGUAAUGUCUUGGAACCCGAAUCUGUAACCUGUAGUGUAACUAAAAGAUCUGUUUGGGACAAUUUUGAUAUAGCAAAAAUCACUAAUACUGGAUUGAAACUAGAAUAUGUACCACCGACUAAUAAGGGUGAUCAAUUAAUAGUUGAAAUUAAGGAUAAGGAUAUUAGUUCAGAGGUGGAAUACUGGAAGAAUUCUGUGGUGUGUUAUGUAUUAAGUGCCCACCCACCUUUCUCUGUGCUGAAUGGAUUUAUACAAAGGUUGUGGGGAAAAUUGGGUAUAAACAAGAUAGUAAUGAUGAAAAAUGGUAUUGUUUUGGUUAGAUUUGAUGCUGAAGAUCGGAAACAGGAAGUCAUACAAGGUGGAAUAUACCACUUUGAUAGUAAGCCAUUCAUUGUGAAGGCCUGGAAUCCAGACAUGGAAUUCUCUAGAGAAGAAUUAUUCUCUGUUCCUAUAUGGGUUAAAUUGCCUGGACUAGAUUUCAAGUAUUGGAGUGCUAAAGGGCUCGGCAAAAUAGGGAGUCUCAUUCGAAAACCUUUGAUGGUUGACAAAAGCACUGAGAAGAAGAUUGGUUUGAAGCUACUAGUGGAGGUACGAAUUGGAGCUGCAUUACCAACAACUGUCUCUUUCUUGAAUGAAAAAGGUAAUUUGAUAGAGCAAAGAGUGAUCUAUGAUUGGCAACCAACCAUCUGUAAGGUGUGCAAAAAAUAUGGGCAUGCUGAAGAUACAUAUAGGAAGAACAAAGUAAAUAAACCUGUUGAAAGGCAAGAGGAAUGGGGGAAACAAGAUGAGAGGAUAAAUGAAGUACCAGACACUGGCGAAAGGUGA